GCUCUAAACCUCGGCUAUAUUAGAUCUAACAAAAAGAAAAAAUACUGUUUAUCUUGGAUACAGUCUAGAUUUUGUUUACAAUGACUUUAGGAGAUGAUGGGUGUGGAACAGUAUAUCCAUUUCUUCAAUCUGUCAGUCGGCCUCGUGAUUUAAAUUUUGAAUCCCCUCAUGCAGGAGGGACUUCUAAAUCAAUUUCAACUAACAACAUAUGCUUGAGCCCCAUAAACUCGAUCCUGAGUCAUAAAACCCGGAAUACAUUUAGAAAUUUAAACGUAUCUAAUCAAGAGUUUGUACAAAAAGCCGUCACUAAUACUCAUUCGAUAGAAGAAUCAAUCCCUGGAGCAUCGUUUAACAAAAGUCAAGCUAAGUCGUGUACUAAGAGCUUCAAUGAUAGUCUGUCACCCAUUUUACCUGUAUUGCCAAAUCUUGAUCAAUACACGAUCACUCCAGAAACACUAUCAGCUUUGAUAAGCGGGAAAUACUCUCAUUAUUAUGACGAGAUCCUUAUCAUAGAUGCCAGGUUUCAAUACGAAUACAAUGGCGGACAUAUAGAUAACGCUAUUAACUUUAAUCAUGUCGAAAACCUGUUUUCUUUUAUCGAUCAAAACGAAAGAUUUAAAAAUUUGUAUCAUCGUAUUUGCAUAGUAGUUCACUGCGAAUUUAGUUCCCAACGCGCCCCUGAAUUUAUCAAGUCUAUUAGAAGCAAGGAUCGCUCCUUAAAUCCCUAUCCUGAAUUGAUUUUCCCAGAACUCUACUUGCUUUUUGGAGGCUACAAAAAUUUUUUCUUGUCUUUUCCAGAAAAGUGCAACCCCAAGAAUUAUGUAACCAUGAAUGACCCUAGACACGUAGAGGAGAUGAAAAAUGAGAUAAAAAAGAGUAGGCGAAUGAAGGCAUACACUCGUUCCUGCCCUGAUUUAGGAAGUAUGGCAUACCUAUAUACUUCAGAAUUUUCAGCAACAAAGAAAUUUUCGAAUGGGAUUAUAAAAAACGAGCUAAACAAAAAUACCUCUAAUACUCAAACCGAAAAAGAUUCCAAGUCUAAGCUUGAAUCCUCACCAGUUCACAUCGAUAAGUUAAAAAGUAUACCUACACGUUUCACGAAAUGCAAAUCUUCACCAUUCCUUCGAAUAGAAUGACUCAAGUUGAACCAAGUGGACAGAAAAAUAGAAUUCAAGUCAAACUAAAUUUGAAUUGUGUCAGAUGUAAAAUAUAUUAGUCAGCAAAUCCCAGUUACUUAUUGA